AUGUCUUUCCUUACAACGGCCCGUCGUUCUUUGCUGCGGCAGGCUCGCAACGCACCCGCCCUCAAGAGGACCUAUGCUCUCUCCACCUCUCAGCAGUCCCUCUUGGAGGCUCCCUUGACGGAGACCGACCCUGAGAUCGCCAACAUCCUCCAGAACGAGAUCAAGAGACAAAAGGAAUCCAUCGUCCUCAUCGCCUCCGAGAACUACACUUCUCGCUCCGUGAUGGACGCCCUGGGUUCGCCUAUGCAGAACAAGUACUCUGAGGGAUACCCCGGUGCGCGAUACUACGGUGGUAACGAAUUCAUCGACCAAGCCGAAUCCGCCUGUCAACGCCGCGCUCUCGAAGUGUUCGGGCUGGACCCGGAGAAGUGGGGCGUGAAUGUGCAGUCCUUGUCCGGUGCCCCCGCAAACCUCUACGUCUACCAAGCUAUCAUGAAGCCCCAUGACCGUCUGAUGGGUCUCGACCUUCCUCAUGGUGGACAUUUGUCGCAUGGAUACCAAAUCCCCACGAAGAAGAUCUCGGCUGUGUCGACUUAUUUCGAGACGAUGCCCUACCGCGUCAACAUCGAGACUGGAUUGAUCGAUUACGACCAGUUGGAGGUCACGUCCGAGCUCUUCAGGCCCAAAGCUCUCGUCGUUGGUGCCUCUGCCUACGCGCGUUUGUACGAUUACGCUCGUAUGCGCAAAAUCGCCGACAAAAUCGGCGCAUACGUCGUCUCCGACAUGGCACAUAUCUCCGGUCUCGUCGCCGCGGGCGUGAUCCCUUCCCCCUUCGAGCACUCCGACAUCGUCACUACCACCACGCACAAAUCCCUCCGUGGUCCCCGUGGAGCGAUGAUUUUCUACCGUAAGGGCGUGAGAAAGACGACGAAGAAGGGAGAUGUGAUGUACGACCUCGAGGAGAAGAUUAACUUUUCCGUGUUUCCCGGUCACCAGGGUGGUCCGCACAAUCACACUAUCACCGCAUUGGCUGUUGCGUUGGGACAGGCCAAGACCCAGGAAUUCAAGGAUUACCAGGUUGCGGUCGUGAAGAACGCCGCUGCUUUCGCCGACGAAUUCUUGAAGCUUGGAUACGAUCUCGUUUCUGGCGGAACCUCCAACCACCUCCUCCUCCUCGACCUCCGCUCCAAGAACAUCGACGGCUCCCGUGUCGAGCGCGUCCUCGAACUCGUCAACAUCUCCUCCAACAAAAACACCGUUCCCGGCGACAAAUCCGCUCUCAUCCCCUCCGGCCUCCGUCUUGGAACGCCCGCUGCCACGACCCGUGGAUUCGAUGAAGACGACUUCAGGAAGACUGCGAGGUACAUCGACCGUGCUGUGAAAAUUACGCAGAGGUUGAGUGAGGAGUAUGGAGGGAAGUUGAAGGACUUUAAGGAGAAGUUGGGAGAUGGGACGCAGGUGAAGGAGUUGAUGGAGUUGAAGGAGGAGGUUAGGACUUGGGCUAAGGAGUUUCCUUGUCCUAAGUAG